AUGGCUACCACAAUACCGAUUCGUUUCGACAUCCACCGCAAAGCCUUCGCCUAUCACUACUCCAUCACCGCACACAACAGCACCACCAUGGACUCCCCCCUCUACUACUGCGACGUCAACCGCUUCACCAAGUCAUCCACCCCAGACAUGGUCCUUCACGCCGGCCCCUCUCCCGCCGCAUCCCCCGUCGCCCUCUCCCACAUCCUGCAGUUCUCGCAGAGCUUCAAAAUCGGCCUCGGCGACGCCGUCCCGCGCCAGGCCACGGACCCGGACGCCGUGCAGUGGGAGGACCUGCGGCGGUCGACAAUCACGGGCGCCGAGCACCGCUGGGGCAUGUCGCUCGCGGCACGAGGCUCCGAGGCUCGGGAUGGCCGCAGGCUUGCGCUGCUGUGGAAGAGGACGCGCAGCGUGCGCGCCGAGGGGGCCGAGGACGGGAUCCGCCACCGUGGGUUUCGCGGCUGGAAGCUGCUCGACGAGGAGAGGCCAGGUGAAGUGCUCGCCGUCUUUACCCUGGAUCAGGUCUUUGGACGGCGCGGAGUCCUGCAGAUCAAUGUCGAUUAUGGGGACGAGUUUACCGUCGCGGUGUUGAUGACGCUGCUGACCUUGUAUGAGCGGUCCGAGAUGCGGUGA